AUAUGGCCCCGAUCCUUCCCAAGCGCGAUCCUUUGCAGAGAGAGGGCCGCUCCCUUUAGGCCCCGAGCGGACCUGCGGGAUGCGCGUGUCCCUGGGGCAUGCGCGUGGUACCGCAAACCUAAGCGGGCUCAGUUUUCCUUCCCAGCUUCGGUUCCGCCACAAGAUUCCCCCCGGGGUCACGCCGUACAUUCAGAACACGCCAAUGCCACCUUGAGAAUCCUGGGAACUGUAGUUUGUCCAGGGUGCUGGGGCAUGUAGUUCUGCGAGGCCUGCAGCCUUGACAAACCACAGUUCCUAUUAUUCUUUUUUGGGGGGUGUGGGAGCCCAAAAAAGAGUGAUACAAGAGUAGUUUAAAGGUAUGGUGCGAGAGUGGCCUUGGUAUGACAAAGAGUCUGACUUGGAGACUUGUUUUUUAUGGAAUCGGUACCCUACCCAGGCUUCCCAGGGGAUGCUGAAAACAAUGGACCCUUUCCUCUGGAGGAGGACGAUCCAAGCGUCCCAAAGUUCGCAGUCGUCAAACCACAUUUCCCCUGGAUGGAGCAUGGGGAGGAGAUGCAGCUGCCAGAGCCGGGAGAGAGGCAGGAGCUGACAGUGGUCAACGCAGGUUCUGACACACCAAGUGAGGAAGAGGAGGAAAUGGUGGAGGGUGCUGAGGAGCAAGGGGCCUCGACUUGCCUGGAGAGCUGGGACUGGGGCCAAGCAGCGUCAGGAGAGAAGGACGCGGAGGCCUCCGUCACCACAGACCCUCGGCCGUUCCGCUGCUCAGAGUGUGGCAAGGGCUUUGCCCAGAGCUCAAACCUGGUGAAGCACCAGAGGAUCCACACCGGGGAGCGCCCGUUCCGGUGCCCCGAAUGCGGCCGCGGCUUCAGCUGGAGCUCCUCGCUGGCAGAGCACCUCAAGGCGCACGGCGGGCGCCGCCCCCAUGCCUGCGGCGAGUGCGGGAAGCGCUUCGCCCGGGGAUCUACGCUCGCGGAGCACCAGCGGGUGCACACGGGGGAGAAGCCUUUCCGGUGCCACCAGUGCGGGGCCCGUUUCUCGCAGAGCUCCACCCUGGCGCACCACUUGCGCACACACUCGGGCGAGCGCCCCCAUGCCUGCCCCGACUGCGGGAAGCGGUUUGGGCGCAAGUCCACCCUCGUCACGCACCGGCGGACCCACACCGGCGAAAAGCCCUACCUGUGCAGGGAGUGCGGCCGCUGCUUCGGCGUCAGCUCUGACCUGGCCAAGCACGUGCGCAACCAUCGCGCCAACGGCAGUGGCUGGGGGAAUGCCGCUGCGGAAGUGCCCUGCCCUACUCCGCUGCCAGCCGCAGAUCGGGGCAGGCAGCAAAAUGAAUAUGCUUCGCUUGAGAGCUCAGAUGCAGGAGGGCAGCAAAAUGACCGUGCAGAGGAGGAGAAGGAGGAAGAGAAAACCUUUAUGUGCUCUGAGUGUGGGGAAGGCUUCAGACAGAGUUCUGAGCUGACUCAGCAUCAAAAGAUCCAUCUGAGUGAAGUUGCGCACUGCUGCCAUCAGUGUGGAGAAACCUUCCCUGACCAGUCAGAACUAGACGCCCACGUGGCAAGUCACAGUGUGGAAGAGAAGCCACACAAAUGCUCUGACUGUUACGCUUGCUUCUCUGAAAACUCUGCCCUCCAGAUACAUCAGAGACUACACCUUGGAGAGUUAUCCCACUUCUGCCACCAAGGAGGAGAGAACUUCCCCGAUAGCUCUGACUUGGAGGAGCCCCACAGCACCCGCAAUGGGAAGCAGAAUCCCUUUGAGUGUCCAGAGUGUGGGGCCCACUUUGCCGAGGCCACUGCUUUGGCUGCACACCAGACAACCCACCUGGAUGUGGAAUCGUUUCCCUGCCCCCAGUGUGGGAAAACCUUCCUUGAUCGUGAUGAGCUGGCCCUUCACCAAGUGAGUCAUGCUGGCAAAGGAGAUGAGGAGGCAGAAGAGAAGCCUUAUAAAUGUACCAUCUGCAGCACUUGCUUCCCGGAUAGCAGUGAUCUCCUGGCGCAUAAAGUGAGCCAUGGGGCGGAUGGAAGAUCCCACUCCUGCCACCAGUGUGGCGAAACGUUUCCUAGUGACUCGGAGCUUGCGAUUCACCAGCUGAGCCACACGACAGAGGCUGCCUUAGACAAGCUGUACUCCUGCGCCAUGUGCGGCAAGUCCUUUGCGCUGUUUGCCACGCUGGCGGCGCACGAGCGCACCCACAUGUCAGACGACGAUGCCUACCGCUGCCCGACGUGCGGUGAACGUUUUCCAGACAGCGGCAAGCUGGGGAGGCACCAGCGGCGCCACUUGGGCGAGGAGAGGCCAUUCCGGUGCCCGGCGUGCGGCAAGGGCUUUGUGUUGCUUUCGGGGCUGCGGCAGCACCAACGCGACCCUCCGGCCCGGUGUCCUCAGUGCGGCGAGACCUUCGUGUGGCGCUGCCGACUCACUGAGCACUGCCGCAGCUGCCACCCGGCGGAGCGUCCCUACAAAUGCCCCGAUUGUGGCAAGGGCUUUGCCCAGAGCUCAAAGCUCCUGCGCCACCAGGUGACGCACACUGGUGAGAAGCCGUUCAAGUGCCCCGACUGCGGCAAAAUCUUUAGCCAAAGCUCCAACUUGGCGGAGCACCGUCGCACCCACGCCCCAGGCAAGGCGCACUGCUGCGCGAUCUGCGGCAAGGCUUUCACCCUGGGCUCCUACCUAGCCAAGCACCAGGCUACGCACACGGGCGCCCGCCCUUUCCGGUGCACCGAGUGCGGCAAGGGCUUCCGGCAGAGCUCCAACCUCAUCCAGCACCAGCGGACGCACACCGGCGAGAGGCCCUACGCCUGCGCCUCCUGCGGCAAAUCCUUCACCCAAAACUCGCACCUGGUCAAGCACCGGCGAGUUCAUACAGCCGAGAGGCCGUACCGCUGCCCCGUCUGCGGCAAGAGCUUCCGGCAGCGCGGCAACCUGGCUGAGCACCAACACCAGCAUGCCGGCACCCGCCCGUAUGUCUGCGGCGCCUGUGGGAAGUCGUUCCGGUGGAGUUCCGCUUUCUCCAAACACCAGCGUACUCACCUUGCUCCCUGACCCUGUGAGGAAGGGGAGGGGGGAAAGCAGGAAGUCCUUCCCCCAUAUCUGGCCUUCUCCGAGCACCAACGGACCUUCCUUCCUUGGUCUCUGUUUCCUACAUCUAAACAGGAGAUCCCUUUCUAAGAAUACAGACCAGUGGACUUGGGCUGACCUGAUCCUGACCUUUCGUCUUAAACUUUGCCCCUUCAAUCUGACCCUGAGUAUAGCCUUCUGCAUCCUGACUCUGAGGCCUGGCCUUCAUGCAAACAGGAAACGGAUUUUGAACCUCUAAUGGUGCUGACAGAAUCACCCUUUGCAAACUGAUGGCCCCGCAGCUUCAAUUUCCGUCCCCUUCUCUAAAAUCUAAAAUGGUCUUCAUGCUGUUUCUGGGAUUUUUCCCAAGGGAGCAAACCUCGUAGAUUCUUGUCUCGUUCUCUGAGCAUCACUAAUCUUUGUCGUCAUGCCCUGGUUAAUUUUCUAAUUUCUAAUUUCAGACUUCUGAUUCUUAUCUUUAAAUUUCAGCGAUCUGAAUUCAGUCCCUGACUGGAUUAUGUAACACCUGAAACUUUAUAUUUAGCCUGUGUGAGACUCCCAUUUCAAAGCCUGAAAUUCUAACCAGCAAGUCCUCAACUUCAUCCUUGAGCCAGUUUUGUUUCCCGGAUGUUAAGGAGACCCCAACAGAGAAGUGACAGACAUUGAAGCUGGCCGUUGUCCUCUGAACUUGAACUCAGGGCUUCAGGCCUUACUUUGUUCCCAGUAGGAGCCUGUCAAAUGUACCAUGGUCUUCUGUUCUUGGACAACAUGAGCUUGUUGAGGGGGGCGGGGACAGUGAUAGUCAAAACUAUCUUUUGUAAAAUUGGGAAAACGUUUGAGAAAGUUUGUUUAUUUUUCUGUUACAUUUAUUCUGCUGUCCCUCCAAGAAACUCAGGGCAGGUCUUUUGGGCGUUAGUUACCGCCCUUUUAUCUUCCCUGUUGUCCUGUGAGAUGGUUUGGGCUGUUUCCCUCCUCAAAGUUACUAAAAACAGCUUUGUGGCCCAGGUCUCUGGGCGAGUGGGAGCAUUUCUGCCCUCAUGGAAGCUUUUUUGGAAGAGGACGGCCUGGCCUUUCUGUCCUCGCAUCAUUGUCCCCUCUAUUCUGAGGUCACAUUCACACCAUACAUUUAAAGAACUCUGAUACCACUUUAAACAGUCAUGGCUUCCCCCAAAGGAUUCUGGGAGCUGCAGUUUGUGAAGGGUGCCGAGGGCUGUUUGGAAACCCCUGUACCCUUCAAAGAGCUACAGAACUGAAGAGGGAUCAGUCGUUAAAUGACAUCUGGCGGCCAUUUUGUGUGAGCCGCCGGUCCAACUGAGGAAGCAAGAUCCGUGCCAGCAAUGGGGAACCUGUGGCCUUCCAGAUGUUGCUGGAGUCCAGCUCCCCACAGCCCUGGGGGACAUAGCUGUCAGGGAUGAUGGGAGUUGUAGUCCAGCAACAUACUGAGGGCCGCAAGUUCCCCAUUCCCGGUCUAAACCAUUAAGGGCACGAGUGAAAGGAAGGAAGGAAAGUGUAAAUAUAGCUAGUUUGCAUGAUGUUUAAACAAACAGGAAAAGCAAAUCUCUUCCCACAAAGGGGCAAAAUGUCGUCACCUCUUAGUUUCUUUACUUUCUGUUCCUCUCAGGCUGAAUGGAACUACUGCAUUCGACUCACAUCUUGAACAGGGGGUUAUGGAGGAAAUGAAUGAGGCUGAUAUGUGGCACAUUUUCUUUAUUGCCUUUAAAAGAAACUGCUGUUUGGGGAGGGACUUGUCUGGGUCAGGAUAUUGGAGAUGGGGUAGGGAAAGAAAAUUCUUCCUGGACAAGAGUUUUAAAAGUGUUCUUUGGAAAAAAUAUAUAUAUAAAGGAAUGUAUUGUGCUGGGUAUCUGCUCCCACGCCCCUUAUUAAAAACUAAUGGGCGUUAGUCAAAAGGAAUCUUUCCCACAAGUGGAACUCCCUUUUAAAGACUCCCCCCCAAAUGAAAAAGCCCAAAUGAAACCCCUCCGAGAUUCAUUUAUUUUUUUAUUAACAGGGUGGAAAGUUUCUUAGAAAUGAAGUUAGAUGGAAAUGCUAAUAUUUGUCAUAGGGAUAUACCUAUCAUAAAAGACAGGAGAGAGAGGAUAUCGGUGACGCCCCAUCACAAUUCACGUGUUUAUUCAGAAAUGAGCCCCGCAGUGUUCAAUGCAGGUGUGCUAGGUUCCAUGCAACAUUGUGGGUGCCCAGUGUGCAUGUGUGACUAGGAGGUAGUGUCUUGUAUGGGUGCCAAAGGGCCAGGCUGUGGCAGAAGUAGGGAGCCUGUGGCCUUCCAGAUUUUGUGAGACUACAGUUCCCAUCAUUGUAGCCAUUGGCCAUGCUGGCUGGGGCUGAUGGGAACUGGAGUACAGCAUCAUCUGGAAGGCAACAGGUUCUCCACCUCUGGUCUGUGCUAAGGCACAAAAUAGCAUUUUGAGCUUCUGUGUUUGUAGACAAACUCAAGUCAGACCACUGAUCCAUUAGAAAGCCAGUAUCAUCUACCAACAGGAAAUGGCAGUGGCUGCUCUGUAUGGUCCUUUCCCAGCCCGGCUUCCUUAGGUCCAUUUUCAAAGCUGGAGAUACCAGGGACCGUUCAUCUGCUGAAGCCUCUGCUCCACCCCUGAGCAAAGGGUCUUCUCCCAUUUUAUGCUUCAGUUAAUGGCUGGGUGCUACUUGGCUUGUAUUCUCAUGGUCUUCCAUGAUUACAAAAGGCAUAGUCAUAUCCGGAUGCCCUUCUGUGAUGAUUUAAAAAGAAACGAUAAUAAUUCUGCUCCAAGGUGACGAAAAUUCCGCAAUGACAAAAAGGUGGAUUCUGCAACCUGAAUAAAAUUAUGCAAAUGUGCAUGGUU